AUGUCUUUCACCAACGCACCUGUAACUCGGCUUGGUGUGGCCGGCCUUGUAGCUGGUUCCAUCGCAGCCAGUGUCCUCGAUGUCAAACACUACUUCUACAUCCUCAUUGAUGUGCACAUAUGGCGCUAUCGGCAAUUCUGGAGGCUUUUGGCCUAUCAGUUGUGCUAUGUCAACUCAUCCGAAGUUCUAUUCGCUGCCAUGUCUCUAUACAAUCUCCGCAUUGUUGAGCGUAUGUGGGGUUCGCGCAAGUUUGCUUCCUUUCUGACAGUCACGUUCUUGAUUACCUCAAUUAUCCCCCCUGUCAUGUCGAUUGUACUGCGGCCUCUCACUGCGGGAUGGCUGAACUACAUCCCCGCUGGACCAACUCCCAUUAUCUUUGCUAUUCUGGCUCAGUAUCAUGCUAUGGUCCCGCACAUGUACAAGUAUCGGAUUGCUACAUCUGAAGCGCCGCCUACCGACCGGCCUUUCGUCGGCCUCACGUUCUCCGACAAAUCUUACAAGUACGCCAUUGCCCUACAUCUGGCACUACUGCAGUGGCCAGGUUCAGUUCUGGGCGCAAUCACAGGCUGGGUUGUUGGAUACUCAUGGCGGGAAGGGUUACUUCCUGCUGCUCUCGUGCGCUGGCGAGUGCCGGGCUGGGUUGUGGGGCUUAGCUCACAGAGGCGGAGUGCCGAGUUUGAAGGUCUCAGGCGUCGACUUGAGGAUGAGAACUCAACGACGGGGGCUGCAACCGGGGCUCAAGCUUCGGCGGAGGGUCAAACAGAGCGCCGGAGAACCAUGGGACAGCAGAUUAUGGACCAAGUCCGAGAGGUUCUUUAG